AUAGAUUGAGGGUACACAAUAUCCAAAACACACGGUACGACGUCGGCCUCCAUUAUAAGCUAACCAGAAUUCCCAGAAGAUAUUCCGUAGGUUCAAGUAGCGCGGAAACGACUUCAGAAACUCUGAAGAAGUCAUUUGAUCCUAGAAAGAGCAUAGUCACUCUACCCGAGACAAAUAACGUCAUCCCAGAACCAGUAAGGCAGCCACGUUGCUUUCGAUUCGCAUCAGGAAGAAGAAGCAGGCGAACAAGAUAAACAAGACUGAAGUCUUACAAUAAUGAAAAUUCUUCGUAAAACUUUCUCGCGUGUCAAGACGAUUAUAAGGACAUUUCUAUUACGGUAAUACGUUCCUUAGAAGGAAGCACGACCAUUACCAUUACACCAAGACUUAGCAAAUGUAUCGAAAUAGUACAUAUCGUGGACAAUCGUAUUCCAAGAAAUAACUUAACAUACUGAUUAAGUAAUGUAUCUGAAUUCUUAUAACUGAUAAUACCAACGUCGAAUUCUAAUAUCAAUAGACUGAGUACAGUCUCGCGCCAAGUAAAAAUAUUCAAUAUUUGCCGUAAUAAAUUACCAACGCGUCGAUAUCCUGAUUGGAUGUCAUUUCCCACGCUAAUACCAUCCUCCUCGAUGAUCUAGAUGAGGGUGCUCACUUGAGGUCGCGGUAGGUCCUCCGUCCAUCGAGAAAAGUGACAGUUUAAAGCACUCUCCCAUGGUCGAUGGAUAAACUCAAUGGUAACCGUGCACCCCGUUGUAAGAUCCUCAAGUGUUUUGCAUUUCGUAUUCCGCGCUCUCCGAUUACAGCAACAGGGCCAUCCUCCAUCUUGGCUUUGCGUAUGAUAAGUGACCUCCCGAGCUUUUGUGAAGUGUUGCACGGUUUCAAAUAACAAUUCUCUCGUAAGUGGAGCUAGAUGCGGGAUCCUUGGAACAGGAGAUUUAUUCUUUAUUGAUAAAAAUUGGGAUUAGUAUACACUGAGAAGCAUGGAUUAUCAACAACUGCACUUAUAUCAACAAAGUUUACUCAAUCAAGCACUUACCGAGGGAAUUAAAAGAAAUGAGGAACAGAGUAAAGUAUGGUCUGCAUAUAAAGAGCGACAUAAGAAAAUUAUAUCAGGUUUAGAAAUCCUACCGUUAGAACUAUCAACAAACUGUAUGGUCCCUAUUGGUAAAAGGGCUUUGAUGAAAGGAAAAUUAGUACAUACAAAUGAAAUAUUAAUAUGCUUGGGAGAAGGAUACUUUGCAAAAUACACUGCUGCACAAGCUAUUGCAUUAUGCAAUCGCAGAAUAAAAAAAUCUGAUGAUAUGUUGUUAAAUUUGGAAAAAGAACGAAAUCUGUAUGAGAUGCGGCAGAUUUUACCAUUAGAACAAGAUGUUUUUGGUGAUGGCGAUAGAAAAGAUCUUGUUGAACACUGGGACGAACAAAAAUUGGAAGAUUGGAGGGUUCAACACAGGCAGCGCGAAAAAGAGUAUCAUAAAAAAUUAUCUGAAUUGAAAAAGCAAGAGAAAAAAGAAAUCAAGACAGAGGAAGAUCUUCUCCACAGAUUAGAUGAAUUGGAACUUCAAGAAGAAUUGGAAGCUGAAAUUGAUAGGUUGCAGGAGGGGCAUAUUAACUUUUAUGGAGAGGAACUUGAAGAAGGUGAAGUCUAUGAUGAAUCUGAAGAAGAGGAGGAAAGCUCAUCGGACGAAGCAACAAAUGAAAUGUUAGAACGGGAGUUGGAAAAACUACAGGAAAUAAGAAUACAAAAAAAAUUGGCAGUACCUCCUGAUUCUUCAUUAAAUGUAACGGAUAAAAAAAAACAAAAAGAAGCAAAAAAUAUAGACGACACGUUUCUUAAUGAAUCCCCAUCAAUCAUAAUCAAUGAAAUAUUGGGGAAACCACCAGCAGUUUCCAAAGCAGAAUUUGAGUCAGUAGAACCAACAAAUGAAAUACGUGAACAGCGAAGGAAUAGAGAACGAAAAGUAUCCUUUGUUGAGCCAUACGUGCAGGAAAAGAAUAAUGAUGAUGAUGAGACACCAUUAGCUAAGGAACGUCGUGUGUCAUUUAUAGAACAAAGAUUACCUUCAGAAGAUGAUUCUACUGAAGAUUUUAUAAAUGAAGAAAAUGAGAAGGAAGAUGAUGAAACAAUUCAAAUUCAUUUCAAACAUUCAGAUAUUGAUCCACAAAUUGCUAUUAGUGCAGGAAACGUUAUAGAGAAUCCAAGAGAUGUAUAUAGGUUGUUUGAUAAACCAAAAUCAAUUUUGAAAAGGUCGCCAAACGAUUUGUGCGCAAUCAAUAAUGUGUCGUCACUAUUGGAAUGCAGCGCAGACCAGGAAAUUGAAGAAGAUAAUGUUUUACCAGGUGCUUCCACAUACUCAAUAGUCGUCAAGGACAUACAGGAAAGAAAACUUGAAGAUCCAAAAACGGAGUUAGAUUAUCCUACGGACAAACCUAGACGCGUAAGCAAGUUCAAAUUGAAUCGUUCUGGCAUAAAGAACUAAUCGCGAUUAAAGAAAAUAAUUCUUUUUAAUGAAAAACUAUACAUUUCAUAUGUCUGAAAUAAAUAUUAAUUUUCUAAAGAAAAUCGGAAAUACCACUUGCAAACCUUUACCAAUUAUAUUUCAUGUAUCAAAUAAAAAUAAGAGCUAAUGACAAUAUUUGAUGAA